AUGGCCACCAUGGGCACCGUACAAUCACCGCCCCAUGUCAUUAAUGUGUGGCCUUCACAGUUCACAUCCCAGAGAUGCCUCUUUGCUGCCUCCAUCCUCAGUCUCCGUCGUUUCUUUCCCAGGUGCACUUACGCAGUGGGGAACCAUGACUUCAUAGAGGCAUACAAAUGCCAGACUGUCAUCGUCCAAUCAUUUCUGCGGGCAUUUCAGGCCCACAAAGAAGAAAACUGGGCUCUGCCUGUCAUGUAUGCUGUGGCGCUGGACCUUCGGGUGUUUGCCAAUAAUGCAGACCAGCAGUUGGUAAAGAAAGGGAGAAGCAAGGCGGGAGACAUGUUGGAGAAAGCAGCCGAAGUGCUGAUGGGCUGUUUCCGCGUCUGCGCCAGCGACACUCGUGCUGGUAUAGAGGACUCUAAGAAGUGGGGGAUGCUGUUCCUGGUAAAUCAGCUUUUCAAGAUUUACUUUAAGAUCAACAAACUUCAUUUGUGUAAACCCCUGAUCAGAGCCAUUGAUAGCUCAAACCUGAAAGACGACUACAGCACGGCGCAGAGGGUGACGUACAGGUACUACGUCGGGCGGAAGGCCAUGUUCGAUAGCGACUUUAAGCAAGCCGAGGAAUACCUGUCCUUUGCCUUCGAGCACUGUCACCGUUCAAGCCAGAAGAACAAAAGGAUGAUCCUGAUAUAUCUACUUCCAGUGAAAAUGCUGUUGGGUCAUAUGCCAACCAUUGAGCUUCUGAAAAAGUAUCAUCUCAUGCAGUUUGCAGAAGUAACCAAAGCCGUCAGCGAAGGCAACCUCCUCCUCCUGAAUGAGGCUCUGGCGAAGCACGAGACCUUUUUCAUUCGCUGCGGUAUUUUCCUUAUACUUGAGAAGCUGAAGAUCAUUACCUACAGGAAUCUUUUCAAGAAAGUGUGCCUGUUGCUCAGGACACACCAGCUGUCCCUGGAUGCGUUCCUGGUCGCCUUGAAAUUCAUGCAAGUGGAAGACGUGGACAUCGACGAAGUGCAGUGCAUUCUUGCCAACCUGAUCUACAUGGGUCACAUUAAAGGCUACAUAUCACACCAGCAUCAAAAGCUAGUUGUCAGCAAGCAAAACCCAUUCCCUCCGCUGUCUACGGUGUGCUGAGUGUCUUAGACAGCCCUGAGGAUGGGCAAGUGCUGUGUCUGCUAGUUCGGAUCCUGAUGAUGAAGUCAGUUCUACGCCAGUUCGCUACUCUCCGCAGCUGGGGUCUCAGAGAGCCUUCCAGGGGUGCUGAGACUGGGUUAGUCAGUGCACGGACACCCUGAAGUCUCCAUCAUCACCUGUCACUAAUGUCAACCCUACAGAGACCUGGAAUUUCUUUCUCAGGAAGUGAGGUUCCUGUGUUGGCUCUGGUGCAUAGGUGCGGCUCUGGGGCACAGGUGCUUCGCCCGCACAGCAGGCCUACUUCACCCCUCCUGGAGCAUCUUUGUAACUUUUUACAUACCUCUUUCUAUAAAAAAGGCAUCCUGAAUUUACA